AUGUCUUCGCUGGACGUUGAUCGUUCAACCCUUCGUUCACCGCGGUGGACAAAAAGAGGCUCAUAUAUUCCAACGCCUCUCACAAGAGCUCAUAUUCAGGAAGCGCUUUCACGCUCGGAGGACUAUGGGAUAACACUUGUAUUCUUGAAAAAGAAUUUGACAGACAUUGGAGCGUCGGUCGUGGAGGAGCUGGCAACCGUUGGGAGGAACAGUCCUGAUGAUGGGUACCCCGUGGAGAGACUGGCAUUGGGGAACAACUAUCUGACGACUCUACCGAUGGAAUUCGCGCAUUUAUCGCGUCUGCGCUAUGUAAAUUUGAGGAGCAAUGCUUUUACAACAUUCCCUGACGUGCUAACUCUGAUGCCCUCCUUGGACACGCUGGACAUUAGCCAUAACAAGAUCAAUCAAUUUCCUUCGCGCCCCGGAGAGUUGAUCAAGUUGAAGGUGUUUUGCGUUUCUCGCAAUAAGAUUACAAGAAUCCCAGAGUACCUGUCCAGGUUCACCAAUCUCGCAGUGCUAGAGAUUGAGCGAAACCCUAUUGAAUGGCCGCCAAUCACCGUCAUGAGUCGUCCUGCCAAGUUUCCUAAUGCAGAGGCAAUGAAAGAGUGGAUUCAUAACCUUCAGACCUGGAUCGAAAGCGAGACAGGUGAUAGCAAAGGUCAAGAUGACUCUGGUUUCGCUGAAUCAGAAAGCUGGUCUCGCUUUCCGGUCACCGAAAGUGAAUUUGAUGCCGGUGUCACCCCACAUGCUCGGUCUUUCUCUCUUGAUUCUAACCUCUCUGUGUCCUCCUUGGCGGAGUCGGAUAUCGAAACCCCUUCGUCAUCUUAUGACAGGCCUCCGCCGCUGCACCUUGGCAUACUCUCUACUGAUAGCGCAGAGACGUCCCCAACACGCUCUUUUGACAGUUAUCUCCCCAGCCCCGCCGAUUCAGAUUCUUUCGCCAUGAAUGAUCCGACGGCACACCCUAGCCCGACCGAAAACGGUCAAAGGUCGGCGUAUGACCACUCCAGGAACGCCUCCUUUGCUAGCGGGAUGCGCAAUUCAAGGAGGAACGGUUUAUCGGGAAAGAAAAGUAUGCCUGAUCUGCGUACUGCCAAAUUCCCUUUUGCUUGGAAGGCCCACGACCCUCCGGAACGUGUCUCCGCCAAUAGCACAAGCAAGAGCAAGAUUCCGGACGAUUUUUCCAUGCCCUCACCGCUUUCUCAGCGACAAGAUUCUAACUCGUCAGCGAGUUCUGGAACACGUCAGAACAAACCUCCCGGCAACGGAAAAGAACCUGUCCGUGAAUCCCCCCCUCCGAGGGCCUCCACUUCUUCCAUAGCCUAUUUCCGACGUCUAUCCACUCUUCCCCUGUCAACAAUAUCUGACACACUCCCUAAACCUCUCAUCUCUCUGAUUGAAUGUGCUCGCAGCAUCCUUUUCGCGGUCUGCCAAAUAUAUCAGACACUCGAGCAUUAUACCGUCCAUGCUAUAGAUGACCGUUUGUCUUCUGUGUUACGGAAAGUGCUGGAUCCCGCCAGCCUUGACAUGAUGCAGCUUAUCAACUACCUCGAGCGUUUCGACGCCAUCAGUCGAAAGAUCUUGCCGCCUCCGCCUGUGUGUCGAGGUGUCGUGGAAAGUUGCAAAGAUACCGUUGCAGUCUUUGGCAAAGCCGUCGGCGUGCUGACCCUGCAACUGAAGGUGAUAGCAACUGGUGAUGAUGUCCGGUAUCUCAGGUCUAUGUUAUUGGUCCUAUAUGGUGCUGCUGCAGAAAUAUCAUGGGCCUGGCAAGCUAUGAUACCACAUAUUGAAGCCAUUAAGCCACUACUGCGUAGCAAGCCGCAUCCCACGCCAUCACCCAACAUGUCCGUGGACCCUUAUCCGUCUUCUAUCCCUUCAACCUCUCAAUUGAAGUUGGAGCAACCUUCACCUCUUUUAUCUUUGCGAGCUGGCUCUGCGGGGGUCGAGAGGACGCGUGUAGCGCGACGACAUGCUGGCUCUUUUAGCUCGAAAGACGUCGAGAUUGGUAAGAAACUACCUUCCUAUGAUGAUGCCCCGACGUUGUCAAGGGGAGUCGCCGUUUUCACGCCUACCCUGCGUGCUCCCAAACGACAGGCGACCCUUGCUCCCAUGGCUGUCACGAUCUCUUCACCUUCACCAACUAGCCCGUUGCCCAGUUCCAUGUCAGCUUCGUGGGCGGGCGAGAGUUCACGAGCGAUCCACUCACGUACAGGUUCGCAGAGUUCCCUACCAGGCUCCUCGGCCUCUUCGUCCCCAUCCCUCCCUCCGAAGACAGCGUUUUUGGAACUCCCCCCAAGUUCUAAGACACAGGUCGACAAGGAAGCCAUCCAAGCCGUACAGAAUGCCGUCGAAGUUGCUCCUGUGGUGUGGAAUCUGAUGGAAGAGGUUUUAGGCGAUGUAUUAGAAGCCCAGGCAGAUGUGCGUGAGAGCCUGGAUCGGGCAAGGUCUGUGACAAGACGUUUGAGCGACCUAAUUCGUGCUCUGAAGGAGGGUGAUUCAACACGGGAUAGAGGCAGCCUUCGGGAAGAUGCUCAUAUAUUUUUAAAGACUGUCGUUCAAUUGUCCAACAUUGCCAAGACAUACAAUGGAGUCCGAUCAAGCGCUCUUCGGAAUAACAUGUACAAGCUCACAAACUCUACAGAGGAGUUUGCAAUUCUUCUGCAUGUGUCGUCUUUCUCUCCGGCUUCCACGCCGCGACCAUACUCACCGAUGUUGUCUAUGUCUGCCUCACAAAGCAGCUUUCUCAACCCUGCAGAAGAUUCUCGUUUACAGUCUAGUUUCUCUAGAAGCGCCCGUGCUCCUGGGGGCUUCAAAGUUCCAUCUCCAACGGCGCCGCACGACGGGUCGCGCAGUGCUCCGCCUAACCAGACAUUUAAAAUGCCUGUUUUACAGCCGACUUCGUGGUAA